AUGGUUAAGGCUAGCUUCAUCUCUGCUAGCUUGCUGGCGCUCUGCAUUGCCCUUGCCACCGCCCCUCAGCCUGUAGCCGGCGACUGGCUGCAGGAUUUCACCAAGGGCGGAAGCAAGUCAUUCGACGCCGCCUUCAAAACCUGGUCCGAAUCCGAUCUUCGCACCUACCUCCUCGACCGUGGCAUCAUUGCCCCUUACACCACUGGCGAGCAGCUGCGUCAGCUCGCCAUCCAGGACUAUGACAAGCUCGUCUCGUCCGCCUCGUCCGGCUCGGCGGCUGCCCAGAGCGCCGCGUCUUCGCAGCUGAGCUCGGCUUCCAGCGCCGCCUCGUCCAUCUCCUCUGCAGUAAGCUCUUACGCCGCUCAAGCCAGCAAGUCGGCCUCGAGCGUAGCGCUCACCGAUCUCUACUACCCCUUGUCCAAAUCUGCCUCGUCCGUGGGCUCACAGGCUUCAGUCUACGCCGCCUCGGCUUCGGCCUCUGCCACCAGCCUCGGCAAGGAUGCACAGGCUUCCGCUUCGAGCCUCAGCAAGAACGCUCCUGGUGCUUCGGACGUCUCGAAGAGCGCCAAGAGCGCGGCCACGCACGCCAGCAAGUCGGGCAACUCGAUCUACAACGCUGCGUCCAAGAGCGGCAGCUCGGCAUACGCCCAGGCCUCGCAGGCUGUUAACAAGGCGGUCGACGACAGCACCGACUACAUCUACUCGACCUGGAACGACAACGACCUGCGUUCGUGGCUCGAGUCGCACGGCGUCAUCAAGACCAAGACGCAGGCGACGCGCGACGAGCUGCUCGGCAAGAUGCGCGGCGCCUACACCACCACGGUCAACGCUCCCUACGAGGCCUACUCGAACAGCUACCUGCACAACUGGCUCGUCGACCACGGCAUCAUCAAGUCGCCCGCCGAAAAGACGCGCGACGAGUACCUCUCGCUCGCCAAGGACUACUACACCACGGGCACCGAAAACGUCUACGACACGUGGAGGGAGUCGGAGCUGCGUAGCUGGCUGAUCAAGAACAAUGUGAUCAAGUCGGACUUCCAGGCCAAGCGCGACGACUACCUCGACCUGGUGCGCAAGAACUACAACACGGCCGAGAGCGAGGUGUGGUCGAGCUGGACCGACAGCGAUCUGCGCAACUGGCUGAUCCAGAACGGAUACCUCAAGUCGGACGCCAAGGCCAAGCGCGACGAGCUGCUCAAGCUCGCCCAGAAGCACGGCAACGAGAUCAACAAGGAGACCAAGGAAUACAUCUCGUGGAGCGACGCCCGCCUGCGCGAGUACCUGAGGAGCAGCGGCAUGCCCUUGGAGUCGAUCCCCAAGAAGCGCGACCAGCUGCUGCGCGAGAUGCGCGCCCGCUACACGGGACACCGCGGCAUCUUCAGUUACAUCAAGGAUGGUGUUCGCCAGGCCUACUUUGGCGUUCAGGACAUCUUGGGCAAGGGCGAGCAGGGAGCGGCUCACGCUAGCAUCAGCGCCUCUUCGGCGGCUAGUGCGGCUUCCGCUUCUGCUGCCAAAGCCACUGCUCGGGCCAAGGAUGAGUUCUAA